AAACGACUUCACGGUACAGCGCUGGAGGAGAGCGUGCUCACGCACAGUGACGUCAUGACGUAAACGCGCUGCGUCUUUCAGGAAGAGGUUUGGAUGGGACUUGCAUCCAUGAGUGUGCUCUUGCUGGAGGCGUUCUAUGGUGGUUCCCACAAACAGCUGGUUGAUCUUCUCAAGGAAAGUGUUGAAGACUGUGUAAGCUUCACUCUGCCUGCAAAGAAAUGGCACUGGAGGGCCAGAACGUCUGCUCUGUACUUCAUGCAGGCAGUUCCAGCAAGUUCCUCGUACAGGGUUUUGUUUACCAGCUCCGUUCUCAGUCUUGCUGAACUUGUAGCCCUGCGGCCUGAUCUCACCCGUCUUAAGAAGGUCCUCUACUUCCAUGAGAACCAGUUGGUUUAUCCAGUUCGCAAGAGCCAAGAAAGAGACUUCCAAUAUGGCUACAACCAGAUCCUCUCAUGCCUGGUUGCGGAUGUGGUGGCGUUCAACUCUUCAUUCAACAUGGAGUCCUUCCUCUCCUCCAUCUCCACCUUCAUGAAGACCAUGCCUGACCAUCGGCCCAAAGAUCUGGACCAGCUCAUCCGGCCCAAGUGCUGCGUCCUCCACUUCCCAAUUCGCUUUCCCGAUGUCACAAGAUUCCUCCCUGCACACAAACGUCUCAGGCAUUCAGUGCGGUGUGAUGAUAUCCACGCUCCAGCUACUCAAAGCCACGUUCAAACAUCAGCUCCAAGUUGUCCAGAGCUCACAAUAGACUCUGAGCCACCUGAGGAGAUUCUCAAUGUGGCAGGGCCACAGCAGUACCAGAAGACGUUGCAGAAUCAGCCAGUGUCUCAUCCAUGUGGCGAUGUGAGAGGGACUCUUCGGCCACUCCACAUUGUCUGGCCACAUCGCUGGGAACAUGACAAAGACCCACAGCUGUUCUUCCAGACCUUACUGAAACUCAAAGAACAACAGCUGAGCUUUGAAGUUUCUGUCCUGGGAGAGACCUUCACUGAUGUUCCAGACAUCUUUCUAGAAGCCAAAGAACAGUUGGUUGACCACAUCCAGCACUGGGGUUUCAUGCCCAGUAAGGAAGAUUACCUCAAAGCGCUGUGCCAAGCAGAUGUCGUCGUUUCCACGGCCAAGCACGAGUUUUUCGGAGUAGCAAUGUUAGAAGCAGUCCAUUGUGGCUGUUACCCCCUCUGUCCGAGGGCUUUGGUAUAUCCUGAAAUAUUCCCUGCAACAUAUCUGUAUUCAACACCUGAACAGCUGUGUAAAAGACUACAAGACUUCUGCAAGCGUCCACAGUUAGUCAGACAACAUGUUACUCAGGUGAACCUCAGUGCUUUCUCCUGGGACACUCUGGGGGACAGUUUCAGAUCUCUCCUGGGAGCCGCAAGUGACAGGAAGUUAACAGACGAGCAAAUGUCAUGAUGUGACCCCAAGAAAUACAUUAUGAUUUAAAAUCCAGCCUCAUUGUGAAAGAGAGUUUAUGACCCGGAAAAACCUCUGCUAUUAUUUAAGAAAAACAUGUAUAUGCGAUUUUAAUGUUCUCAUGUGGCGGAAAAAAACUAUUUUAUAUUUGUGGUUAAUGGAAAAAAGAACAAAGUAAAAAUAAACAAUCAAAAAACCUGAAACCGCUUUCGUGUUGGGCCUAGGCGGGCCCACCUCAUAUUUCGGUUCAUAUCCAUUUUUAUCCUUUGUGCCGGAGGACUCCAGCCUGGAAUUCUGGAGUCUUCGGUUCCCACUCCGACAGAGCGGCAGCCAAGUUGUGGCUUGAAACGUUGUGGGCUCUUGCUCCACCUGAGGUUGCCAGGUUGUGACAAAGUCCACCGAGGCUCAGUAAAAGUUGAUGCAAGGCUUCCCCAGGACUGUGGUUGAAUCUAAAUAUGGUUCUUUUAUUUUCCUUGCGUCCUAGAUCUGGCUGUACGUUGCAACCGGGAACCCACUGCGUAAUUAAGGGGGCAUGGAGCAGAUGGAUGCGAUUGACCUGUUUCCACCUCAUCCGGCAAUGUCAGAUAAAUUUGCCAUCUACUCCGGGCCGACCCAAGGUCAGGACCUAAUGACGCCAUAAAGCCUAUAACCUACCGUUUCGGCACAAAAUGUCACCCCACAUAUAAAAAGUUAAUAGCAACCUCUAUAAAACUCAGUGCACAUUAAACCAUUUCAUUGGCCUGUUGCUGUUUUCUCACUGAUGGUGUUCUAGGGAUAUGAAGCUAAUUUAAUGCUGGCCAAAUUCAGUGGCAAAACAAAUGGGAUUAAGACUUGUGCAGUAUUCUUAUUUUUUCAUGUUUGGUGUCCCACUGGCGUAGCACAGAGCUUGGAAAGCGGCCAUUCACAUUACAUGACUAAAUUUGU